UAGAAUCAAAGAUGGCCGAAACGCUAAUGACGGCGGUGUGACGUCUUCGAAGAGACGUGUUGCGGUCAGGAAUUUACAAACGAAUUUCACAAGGCUAUUUCAUAUCAGAUCGCACCGAAGAAAAGUCUCGAGUUCAGUUGUAACGGUUAAACAGUUGUCAGUUGAUGUAGCUCUGUAUUAAUCACGUAAAACGAGGUGAAAUGGCGCCGACCAAGGUGAUACUUCUUUCCUGCGGAAGUUAUAAUCCUCCGACGAAUAUGCAUCUAAGAAUGUUCGAAAUUGCCCGCGAUCAUCUCCACAAAAUGGGAUCACACGUCGUAAUAGGCGGCGUGAUAUCGCCAGUGCACGACGGCUAUGGUAAGAAAGAAUUGACGAGUGCAACUCACAGAUGCGCAAUGCUCAGGUUGGCACUGCAAAAUAAUGAUUGGAUUAGACUGAGCGAUUGGGAGACGAAGCGGGAAGGAUGGACAAAAACACGAGUCACCAUACAACACCAUCAAAACCUCUUAAAUUCUUGGCUAUUUGAUACAUACGAUAUUAAGCAUCACUCAGAGAUCGAGGACAUGGACUGGAUACCAGACAAUGUAAGAAAAGAUGCAAAUGCAGAGCAGAAUCCCAUCCAAGUGAAAUUGUUAUGCGGUGCCGACCUCCUCGAGAGCUUUGGUACUCCCGGUCUGUGGGCAGAAGAAGAUCUCGACGCCAUAGUUGGACAGCAUGGUCUAGUCGUUGUGACCAGGGAAGGUUCGAACCCAAAUAAAUUCAUAUAUGAUUCGGAUCUCCUUACCAAAUACAUGCACAACAUCAUUAUUGUCACCGAAUGGAUAACGAACGAAAUUAGUUCCACUAAAAUUCGGAGGGCUUUAAGACGCGGAGAAAGCGCCAAGUACCUUCUUCAAGAUUCGGUUCUUGACUACAUAUACAAACAUGGAAUAUACGAUGCUAGACAUUCCUCAGCAAUUAAGUUGGAACAAUCUCCAAAUAAUAUCGAAAGUAAUUAUUUGCACAUAGAUAAAAAGUAUGAGAAUACAUUUUUAACACCGUCGCCGAGUGAUAUUACAAUGGAAACACCGAGUCCCGUGGAAAUCAUAUCGAUCGAUAUCCCCGAUUCUAUAAUGAAGAAGAAUUUUUUGAACAAUUCAAACUUUGCAAAUAAUACCAACUGCAAGUUACCAAUCGGUAAGACAGAAGAUGAUAACGAUUCGGUACGCGAUAAGUUCAUCAGCGUUAUGUCAGAGAACGGUAAUAACAAGCUUCUGAACAGUAUGAAAAGCGCUUACCCUGGACAGGCGAAGCAGAUCAUUGCGACAGAGACCGGAGAAUCUCAUAUUCUCGACGAGGGAACGGCAAAACCUGCAUGCCUUCUGUAAGACAACUAGUUGACCAUCUUGUCGCUGCUCGCUCCAUACCCAUCCGAUGCGGCCCCUGUCUUACCAUUAACAAUUAUACUAAUAAUAGUAAUAAUAAUAAUAACAAUAAUGACGAUAAUACCAAAGCCA